AUGAAGAGCAAGCGCGCGCGCGAGGCCGCGGCCACCAACGACGAGGAGAAGCCGGCUCCGGCCGCUGCGACGGCAGCAGACGAGCAGCCGGCCAAGAAGCGCAGGAGAGACGACGCUGCCGCCGCCGACGACGACGCGAGCGAGGUGAAGCAGAAGAAGGCCAAGAAAGACAAGAAGGAUAAAAAGGAUAAAAAGGACAAGAAGAAGGACAAGAAGGAGAGCCGGAGGGAGAGGAAAGAUAAGCGCAAGGACCUCCAGGACCUGCCGGAGGAGGAUGACGGCGUGGGCGAAGAGGCCGAGGAUGCGGUGAUUGGUGAUGCGGAUGUGGAGAAGGAGCAGAAGAAGGCGGAGAAGAAGAGCAAGAAGGAGAGCAAGAAGAAGGAGUCCAAGGAGAAGAAGGCCGACAAGGAGGGCGCCGAGGGUGCUGCCGCGGAGGAGCAAGAGAAGCCCAAGAAGAGCAAAAAGGACAAGAAGGCCAACAAGAAGGACAACGAAACCUCGACCUCGACGCCCACCACCACCACCACCGCCGCCGCCGACGGCGACGACAGCAGCAGCGCGAAGCAAAACGGCGACGGCGGCAAGCCCGACCGGCACAUCGUCUUCGUCGGCAACCUGCCCUACACGGCGACGCAGGAGACGGUGCGCGCGCACUUUGCGUCGCUCAACCCCGUGUCGGUGCGGUGCCUGACCAAGAGGGACGACACGACGACGAGCGGCGCGACGUGCCGCGGCAUCGCCUUCGUCGAGUUUGCCAACGUGUGGACGAUGCGCACGUGCCUGGACAAGUUCCACCACUCGUCGUUUGAGGACGGCAAGUCGGCCGCGCGCAAGAUAAACGUCGAGUUGACCGCCGGCGGCGGCGGCAAGACCAAGCACCGCAAGGACAAAAUCAUCGCCAAGAACAAGAAGCUCGACGAGAACCGCGCCAAGCGCAUCGAGAAGGAGAAGACGGCCAAGGAGAACGGCGAGGGCGGCGGCGCGCAGAAGGAGCGCCAGAGCGUCAGCGAGAGCAUACACCCCAGCCGGCUGGCUAGGAACCCGCGCUUGGGGCAUCGCUGA